AUGAGCUUAGAUGAAAGUCAAAGAGCUUGGAGCUCUGGUCACAUAGAUAGUAUAAAUGAUAAAGCUGCUUGGCCUGUUGAUUCUAAUGUCGAUCCCUAUGCUGCUUCUGAAAAUCCUGUGAUUAAUGUUAUAGGGCUAUCUGAGGAUUUGGAAUCUCAACCGAGUUACAAAGCUAUUAAAGAUGGCAAUGAAGCUGAGGGACAUGAUAGUAUUUGGGCUCAACGUCGUAAUAAUUUGAACACAGAUAGAUUGAGAACGAGUAUUUUGGUAGAGACUAAUGCUGACCUUAGAGAUGGAAUCGAUGAGGAGCCGAUUAUACGAAAUGCUGUCUUUAAAGAUAGCAGUUUUGAAGCAUGGUCGAGUAAGUUGAAGAAAACUUAUAACCCAUUAUCUCCUGAUAUAGUUGUAAUAAAUGAAAUUGAUGAACUUGAAGGAAUCAUAUUCAAGCAUACUAAUUACAGGGUGAAGCAUUUGGUAGAAUUACCAAAUACUGAUCCCGCAGAUGACCAUAUAGUUAUACGAAGAUACUCAGAUUUUAUUUGGCUAAGAAAAGUUUUGCUUAAGAAAUACCCAUUGAGGUUAAUACCUGACUUGCCACCUAAGAAGCUUGGAUCUCAGUAUUCUAGUAGAUCUUUUUUGCUUGCUAGACGACAGGGUUUGAUAAGAUUUAUAAAUUUGGUAAUGAAACAUCCAGUAUUGAAAAAUGAUGAUUUAGUGUUAACAUUCUUAACUGUACCAGCAGAAUUGUCGAGUUGGAGAAAUCAAGCAUCCUACGAUACAUCAGAGGAGUUUGCUGAUAAAAGAAUCUCUGAAACUUUUAAACAAAUGUGGGAUCCUCGAUUAUUGGAAAAAUGGAAUAAAAUAAAUGCAUCUUUAGAUAAAUCUAUGAUAAUUUGGAACAAUAUGAGAAUUUUAGUUGAAAGAUAUGAAAGUAGAAUGUUACAUAUUGCCCAAGAAAGAGAUGUCUUUAAAGCAUGUAUCGAGACAUAUUCACAACAUACCAAUGUCCUUUAUCCAGAGGAGCAUAGUGCAUCAGUGAUAGAGUUGAAUGAUCAUUUGAAAGUAGUAGAAAAGCACUUGGAAAAUACUACUGAAUUAAUAAACAAUGAAGCUGAAGAAUUACAUUCAAGCUUAGUUCCAAAAUUUGUAACUUAUAUCGAAGUGCUAAAAGCAUUACAAAAACUAUUUGAAAGAUAUAGAAUCUUGUCUAGGAAUACUGUUCAUCAAUUAGAAAGAAGAGUAGAGCUAAAUGAAGAGAGAUUGGAAGCUAUGAAGGGUAAGCCUGAUAUAAGUGGUGCUGAAUAUGACAAGAUUGUCAAUAUUGUUCAACAAGAUAAGAGAUCAAUCAAUCAACAAAUUAAUAGAUCUUGGCUCAUAAAAGAAUGUGUAUUAGAGGAAUUUACUUUUUUUCAAAAAACUCAAUUUUUAGCAAUCGACACAUUACAAACUUGGACAGCAAUGCAUUCAAAGUACUAUGGCUUCCAAUUAAAUGAAUGGGAAAGGCUAGCGGUUUCUUUGACAGAACUUCCAAGUGUUCAAUAA